UGGUUUAUAAGAGGAGCUGUGACAAUACUCUGGGCAGCAGUCUUCCUCCAGCUCGCCUCCCCUGAAGGACUCCUCAUUCCAACCCCUCCUUGUUUCCGCCUUCAUCCUUGAGGGGCCGGUGGGAACGUGGAGAGAGAGAGGAAAAGACGCCAGAAGCCAGAGAGAGGUGUGGGAAAAACGAAACCAGGCUGCCACACCAGGGGAUCCCUUCCAAUUUAAAAAGGAAGUCUGCUGACGUUAGUGAAAUUUAACAUCCUUUUAUGUGUAACUUUUGACUUGGGAAACAAACAUGAACUUUGCAGAGGGAGAGGGCUCUAAGAGAUACUGCAUUAAAACAAAACAUGUGGCCAUUAUCUGUGCGGUGGUGGUGGGAGUAGGCUUAAUAGUAGGACUUGCUGUGGGCUUGACCAGAUCGUGUGACUCCAGCGGAGACUCGGGACAGGGCUCAACGCCGGCUCCUUCCCACCUGCCCUCCACUGCUAGUCCUUCGGAUCUUCCUCCCCAGGACCGGGACAUCUGUCCUGCCAGCGAAGAUGAAAGUGGGGAGUGGACAAACUUCAGGCUGCCGGACUUCAUCAGCCCUGUACACUACGACCUGGAGGUGCAGCCCCGGCUGGAGGAGGACACGUACACGGGCACCGUGACCAUCUCCAUCAAUGUGAGCAGGCCCACCCGGCACCUGUGGCUGCACCUCCGGGAGACGAGGAUCACCCAGCUCCCGGCCCUGAAGAGGCCCUCAGGGGAGCAGGUGCCCGUGAAGAGGUGCUUCGAGUACAAAAAGCAGGAGUACGUGGUGGUGGAGGCCGAAGAAGACCUUCCCCCCAGCGGCGGUGACGGUCUCUACGCCCUGACCUUGGAGUUCGCCGGCUGGCUGAACGGCUCCCUCGUGGGGUUUUACAGGACCACAUACACGGAGAACGGGCAAACCAAGAGCAUUGCGGCUACUGAUCAUGAACCAACAGAUGCCAGGAAAUCCUUCCCUUGCUUUGACGAGCCCAACAAAAAGGCAACUUAUAUAAUAUCUAUCAUCCACCCCAAAGAGUAUACAGCACUUUCAAAUAUGCCAGUGGCGAAAGAAGAGUCAGUGGAUGAUAAAUGGCAGCGAACAACUUUCGAGAAGUCUGUCCCCAUGAGCACUUACCUGGUGUGCUUUGCUGUGCAUCAAUUUCAGUCUGUAAUGAGAAUAUCAAAUAGUGGAAAACCUCUCACUAUUUAUGUCCAGCCAGAGCAAAGACACACAGCUGAAUAUGCUGCAAACAUAACUAAAAUUGUGUUUGAUUAUUUUGAAGAAUACUUUGCAAUGAAUUAUUCUCUUCCUAAAUUAGAUAAAAUCGCUAUUCCAGAUUUUGGCACCGGGGCUAUGGAGAACUGGGGCCUCAUCACAUACAGAGAAACAAACCUGCUCUAUGACCCUGAGGAAUCAGCCUCAUCAAACCAACAGAGGGUGGCCAGCGUGGUUGCCCAUGAACUUGUGCAUCAGUGGUUUGGAAAUAUUGUGACCAUGGACUGGUGGGAUGACUUGUGGCUAAAUGAAGGAUUUGCUUCUUUCUUUGAGUUCCUCGGAGUAAACCAUGCAGAAAAAGACUGGCAAAUGCGUGAACAGAUGUUACAAGAAGAUGUAUUAUCUGUUCAAGAAGAUGAUUCUUUAAUGUCUUCACAUCCGAUUGUUGUCACUGUGACGACCCCUGCUGAAAUAACAUCCGUAUUUGAUGGAAUAUCCUAUAGCAAGGGAGCUUCCCUUUUGAGAAUGCUUGAAGACUGGAUUACACCUGAGAAAUUUCAAAAGGGGUGUCAGAUAUAUUUGGAAAAACACAAAUUCAAGAAUGCAAAAACUUCAGAUUUUUGGGCAGCACUGGAAGAGGCAAGUAAUCUACCAGUAAAAGAAGUCAUGGACACCUGGACCACACAGAUGGGUUACCCUGUGCUCACUGUGACUGAUGCUCGGAAGAUCGCACAGAAACGCUUUCUGUUAGACUCAAAAGCUGAUCCUUCCCAGCCACCAUCAGCUCUUGGUUACACAUGGAAUAUUCCGGUGAAAUGGACUGAAGCUAAUUUGUCAAAUAUUAAACUCUACAACAGGUCAGAAGAAGGAGGAAUCACUUUGAACUCUUCUAAUCCUAGUGGAAAUGCUUUUCUCAAAAUAAACCCAGAUCAUAUUGGGUUUUAUCGUGUAAAUUAUGAAGUACCCAUUUGGAACCAGAUAGCCGGAGAUCUUUCCUUGAACCACAGGCAGAGUUUUUCUUCUGCCGAUCGUGCAAGUCUUAUUGAUAAUGCCUUUGCCUUGGCAAGAGCUCAACUGCUAGAUUAUAGGGUGGCUCUGAACUUGACCAAAUAUCUCAAAAGCGAAGAGGAUCUUUUACCAUGGCAGAGAGUCAUUGCAGCCAUCACCUACAUCAUUAGCAUGUUUGAAGAUGAUAAAGAGCUAUACCCUAUGAUUGAGGAAUACUUCCAAGGUCAGGUGAAGCCCAUUGCAGAUUAUCUAAAAUGGACCGAUACUGGAGACCAUCUCACAAAGUUACUCCGUGCCUCUGUGUUAGGGCUUGCGUGCAAGAUGGGAGACAGAGAAGCCUUGAACAAUGCUUCCCAGUUAUUUGAGCAGUGGUUAAGUGGGACUGUAAGGCUCCCAGUAAACCUCAGGCUUCUGGUGUAUCGGUACGGGAUGCAGAACUCUGGCAAUGAGACUUCAUGGAACUAUACUCUUGAGCAAUACCAGAAAACUCCAUUAGCUCAAGAAAAAGAAAAAUUGCUCUAUGGAUUAGCAUCAGUGAAGAAUGUCACUCUUUUGUCAAGGUAUUUGGAUUUGCUCAAGAACACAAGCCUUAUUAAAACUCAGGAUGUGUUUACAGUCAUCCGAUAUAUCUCAUAUAACAGCUAUGGAAAACAUAUGGCUUGGAAUUGGAUACAACUCAACUGGGACUAUCUAGUCAACAGAUACACAAUCAAUGACAGAAACCUAGGCCGAAUUGUCACAAUAGCGGAGCCGUUCAACACUGAACUUCAACUUUGGCAGAUGGAGAGCUUUUUCGCAAAAUAUCCAGAAGCUGGAGCAGGAGAAACACCUAGGGCACAAGUGCUGGAAACAGUGACAAACAACAUUGAGUGGCUAAAACAAAACAGGGACACCAUAAGAGAAUGGUUUUUUGAUUUAUCUAAGAAUGGCUAAAGUGUUCAGAUGUCAUAGUUUAAAUCUGUCAAUCUGUUGUUUCUCCUAUUAAGCAUCUGGUGACCUAAUCUGCAAGCGCUAUGGAGGGAGCCUUAUAAACAGCCCUUCUAUUGAGUACUGUGUUUCUGAGCCUGGCAAAGCUUUCCGGUUGUUCCUCUUUGUUUAUGAAGGAACAUACAAGAGCGUUUAAUAUACUCAGGGAUUUCUUCUAAGUGUGCUUCAUAGGAGAUUCUUUACAAGCUGAAGAGAAUUUAAUAGUUAUUUUAAUGUCUUUAAAUAUCAUUCUUUGUAUCUUAAAUCUGUGAAAAUAGAACAAUUUGGUCUUAGCUUUACAUUUUUAGUACCAAAGAAACACCACUUAAUCUUCUGACUUGAUUGAUUUUUAAACUUUAAAUACCAGUACUUGUGGGACCAAUAUUACCAUUUUAAUCUUUAUUUUAUUAUCGAGAAUUACGUAGACCUAAUAUCAUUUUAUUCACAUAUGUCUUACCACUUCAAAUCCUACCAAAGUAACCUAGGCUUACAUUUUACUUGAGGAUUGCAUGAAUUAGCCAAAGAAAUGGCUGACUAUCGCCUUUGCUUUUAUAAAAUCAACAAGAGAACUCUCCUUUUAAGAAUAAAUCUAAAUGAUUACCUUGAAAAAA